AUGUCUGGCCCUGUCGCUCGCCUCGCCAACAUCAAGCUUGGCGGUGCCUCGCAACCUGAUUCCUCUUCUCCAGCCGAUGCUUCGAAGAAUGCUAACAUUGUGCCAAGCGCGGAUCUGGGCCUUAUCGGCCUUGCUGUCAUGGGACAGAACUUGAUUCUCAACAUGGCUGACAACGGCUUCACCGUCUGCGCUUACAACCGAACCGUUUCCAAGGUCGAUGCCUUCCUCGAAAACGAGGCCAAGGGCAAGUCCGUUGUCGGCGCCCACAACGACAAGGAGUUCAUCGCCAGCCUCAAGUCCCCCCGCCGUGUCAUGCUGCUCGUCCAGGCCGGAAAGGCCGUCGAUGAGUGGAUUGACAGACUUCUGCCCCUCCUGGAGAAGGGAGACAUCAUCAUUGACGGUGGUAACUCUCACUUCCCCGACUCUAACCGCCGCACCAAGGAGCUGAGCGCCAAGGGCAUCCGCUUUGUCGGCUCCGGUGUUUCCGGAGGUGAGGAGGGUGCCCGGUUCGGCCCCUCUCUGAUGCCCGGUGGUAACGAGGAGGCCUGGCCCUACAUCAAGGAUAUCUUCCAGGCCAUUGCUGCCAAGAGCGACGGCGAGGCCUGCUGUGAGUGGGUCGGCGACGAAGGUGCUGGUCACUACGUCAAGAUGGUCCACAACGGUAUUGAGUACGGUGACAUGCAGCUCAUUUGCGAGGCCUACGACAUCAUGAAGCGUGGUCUCGGACUUUCCAGCAAGGAGAUUGGUGACGUCUUUGGUGAGUGGAACAAGGGCGUUCUCGACUCUUUCCUGAUUGAGAUCACCCGUGAUAUCCUCUACUUCAACGACGACGAUGGCACUGCCCUCGUUGAGAAGAUUCUCGACAAGGCCGGCCAGAAGGGUACCGGAAAGUGGACUGCCAUCAACGCUCUCGACCUCGGUAUGCCCGUUACCUUGAUUGCCGAGGCUGUCCUGGCUCGAUGCUUGUCCGGCAUCAAGGAUGAGCGUUCUGAGGCCUCCACCAAGCUCCGAUAUGUUUCUCGUGGCAGCGGCAAGUUUGAGGGUGACAAGAAGCAGUUCCUUGAGGACCUCGAGCAGGCUCUGUAUGCUUCCAAGAUCAUCUCAUACGCCCAGGGCUUCAUGCUCAUGCAAGAGGCUGCCCGUGAGUUCCACUGGAAGCUCAACAAGCCCUCCAUCGCCCUCAUGUGGCGUGGUGGCUGCAUUAUUCGAUCUGUUUUCCUCAAGGACAUCACCUCUGCUUACCGCAACGAGCCUGACCUGAAGAACCUGCUCUUCGACAACUUCUUCAACGACGCCAUCCACAAGGCCCAGCCCGGCUGGAGAGCCGUUGUUGCCCAGGCUGCUGAGCUUGGUAUCCCCACCCCUGCCUUCUCCACUGCCCUGUCCUGGUUCGACGGAUACCGCACCAAGGACCUGCCCGCCAACCUGCUGCAGGCCCAGCGUGACUACUUUGGUGCUCACACUUUCCACAUCAAGCCUGAGCAUGCUUCAGCCAAGUAUGAGGUUGGCAAGGACAUUCACGUCAACUGGACUGGCCGCGGUGGUAACGUCUCUGCUUCAACAUACCAGGCAUAA